AUGCAAAUGGCCGGGUAUAAAAGGGGCGGCGCGGCGGCAGCGGCGCGGAGCGCGGCGAGCCGGCAGCGGCGGGGCCGGGGGGCCAUGGCGCCGGGCACGGACCGUCCGCCGCGGGGCGAGCGCUGCGCGGAGCCCCGCAGCGACCGGAGGACGAGGAAGCCGCUGGUGGAGAAGAAGCGCCGGGCGCGCAUCAACGAGAGCCUGCGGGAGCUGCGGCUGCUGCUGGCCGACAGCGAGUUCCAGGCGAAGCUGGAGAACGCGGAGGUGCUGGAGCGGACGGUGCGGCGGGUGCGGGCCGUGCUGGAGCGCCGCGGCCGCGGUGAGUGCCGGCCCGGGGGGCGGCGGGGGCCCGGCCCGGCCCGCGCCUCACCCGCCCCUCUCUGUCCCCGCGGCGCAGGGGGCGGGCGGCGGCUCCUGGAGGCCAGCGAGCGCUUCGCCGCCGGCUACAUCCAGUGCAUGCACGAGGUGCACACCUUCGUCUCCAGCUGCCCCGGCAUCGACGCCACCACGGCCGCCGAGCUGCUCAACCACCUGCUGGAGUCCAUGCCCCUCAGCGAGGGCGGCCGCCCGGCCUCGGUCACGGACGCUUUGGGGGAGCCGGCGCUCGGCGCCUGGCCCGCGGGCGGGGCGCUGGCCCUGCCGGCCGCAGCCCGCCCGGGGCUGGCCCUGCCCUGCCCCGCUGAAGAGACCUGCUCCGACUCGGACGAGGCGGAGGCCGAGCCGGGCCAGACCGGCACCGACGGACUGGACGCGUCCCAGACGCAGGGCCUGGCCUCGCCCAAGUCCAUGUGGAGACCCUGGUAACGGCGGAGGGGCGGGCAGGCUGCCCCCGCACACACGCGUUGAGCGUGUCUGUCGCUGUGUGAGUGCCUGUCUGUCUGUCUGUGUGUGAAUGUCUGUCUGUGUGUGGUGCGCUGGCACCGGGGGCUCGGGCUCUCUGACGCUGUCACACCCUGACAGCCUAAUAGCGAACGCGUUCACGUUUCAUCCCUGCGUGUUUUGUAACUUCAGGGGUUGUUUUUACGGGAGGAUGGGGAGGAAGGAGGGAAGGGGUUUGUAGUAGCAAAGCUCUCUGGUGGAGACACAGCAGUUUUUUUAUAACCCUGGCUCUUCUUGGCCCUUAGGAGCGGCCCGAACACCACUAUCUUUUAAGAAAAAACCCUCGUGCAUUUUAAAUCGCGAUAGUUAAUUCCAGGAGAAGCUCCAGCUAAGUUUUAAGUGUUCUAGCGAUAGCACAGACCCCUGUAAGGUGUCACUGGGGGUAGCAUCUGUACCUGGUAGCAGUCUAAAGCCUCACCUUUAGGGAAUGGAGAGAAAACUAGAAACCUGAUGGAAUUAGACAAACAUAAGAUGAUGGUGGCAGGGUACCUUUUAGAAAGGAGUGUCUUUAUGCACAUUUUGCUUUUAGCACAUUUGAGUUUGUGAUUUUAUGUAUAUUAGGGUGUGAAAUGUUUUUUAUUUUUAAUCUUUAAUAAAAAAAAACCUGAGUUCACACCGUGGCA